AUGUUUUUUUUUUGUUCUGAAUAGAUUGUAUGCUACUACACAAACUGGUCUCAAUAUCGUACCAAAAUAGGCAAGUUUGUGCCAGAAGAUAUUCCAGCCGAUUUAUGCACACACAUCAUUUACGCAUUUGGAUGGUUGAAAAAAGGUCGGUUGAGUUCAUUUGAGAGCAAUGACGAAUCAAAAGAUGGCGUUCCUGGUUACUAUGAAAAAGUAAUCGGCUUGAAGAAAAUUAAUCCAAAGUUGAAAGUCCUUCUGGCUAUUGGUGGCUGGUCAUUUGGAACACAGAAAUUCAAAGAAAUGGCUACAUCGCGGUAUGCACGACAGACUUUUAUCUAUUCAGCAAUUAACUUCCUUCGAAAGCGUGGUUUUGAUGGUCUUGAUAUGGAUUGGGAGUAUCCAAAAGGAAGUGACGACAAGAAAAAUUUCGUUCUGCUUUUGAAAGAAAGUAUAUCAUACCCAACCAACGUUUUUUCUCCUAGAGACCGAUAG